GGCUCUGUGCGCUUCGCCUUCGUAGUCGUUGCCGCGUCCGCAGUCGCAGCUGCUUGCGCUCUCGCUCCGGUCAGUGGUGCAGCCGUACCAGCACCAUGUCGCUCUCUCGGUCGGAGGAGAUGCAUCGGCUCACGGAAAAUGUCUACAAGACCAUCAUGGAGCAGUUCAACCCCAGCCUGCGGAACUUCAUCGCCAUGGGCAAGAACUACGAGAAGGCGCUGGCAGGUGUGACGUAUGCUGCCAAAGGUUAUUUCGACGCCCUGGUGAAGAUGGGCGAGCUGGCUAGCGAGAGCCAGGGCUCCAAAGAACUCGGGGACGUUCUCUUCCAGAUGGCCGAAGUCCACAGGCAGAUUCAAAAUCAACUGGAAGAAAUGCUGAAGUCUUUUCACAAUGAGCUGCUAAUGCAGCUGGAGCAGAAGGUGGAGCUGGACUCCAGGUACCUGAGCGCUGCGCUGAAGAAAUACCAGACGGAGCAAAGGAGCAAAGGUGAUGCACUGGACAAGUGCCAGGCCGAGCUGAAGAAACUCCGCAAGAAGAGCCAAGGGAGCAAAAAUCCCCAGAAGUACUCGGACAAGGAGCUGCAGUACAUCGACGCCAUCGGCAACAAGCAGGGGGAGCUGGAGAGCUACGUGUCCGACGGCUACAAGACUGCUGUCACUGAGGAGAGGAGGAGGUUCUGCUUCCUGGUGGAGAAACAGUGUGCCGUGGCCAAGAGCUCCGCCGCCUACCACUGCAAGGGCAAGGAGCUGCUGGCGCAGAAGCUGCCGCUGUGGCAGCAGGCCUGUGCCGACCCCAACAAGAUCCCAGACCGCGCCGUGCAGCUGAUGCAGCAGAUGGCUAGCAGCAAUGGGUCUAUACUCCCCAGCGGCCUGUCGGCCUCCAAGUCCAACCUGGUCAUCUCAGACCCCAUUCCGGGGGCCAAGCCCCUGCCGGUGCCCCCUGAGCUGGCCCCGUUUGUGGGGCGGCUGUCUGCCCAGGAGAACACGCCGGUCAUGAAUGGCGUCUCGGGCCCCGACAACGAGGACUACAACCCCUGGGCUGACCGCAAGGCCGCCCAGCCCAAGUCCACAUCUCCUCCGCAGUCUCAGAGCAAGCUGAGCGACUCCUACUCCAACACGCUUCCUGUGCGCAAGAGCGUGGCCCCCAAGAACAGCUAUGCCACCACCGAGAACAAGACCCUGCCCCGCUCGAGCUCCAUGGCAGCUGGUCUGGAGCGCAAUGGCCGCAUGCGGGUGAAGGCCAUUUUCUCCCACGCGGCUGGGGACAACAGCACCCUACUGAGCUUCAAGGAGGGCGACUUCAUCACCCUGCUGGUGCCCGAGGCCCGUGACGGUUGGCACUACGGCGAGAGUGAGAAGACCAAGAUGCGGGGCUGGUUUCCCUUCUCCUAUACCCGGGUCCUGGAUGGCGACGGCGGUGACAGGUUGCACAUGAGCCUGCAGCAAGGCAAGAGCAGCAGCACGGGCAACCUCCUGGACAAGGAAGACCUGGCGCUCCCGCCCCCCGACUACAGCACGUCGUCCCGGGCCUUCCCUGCGCAGACGGCCGGCACUUUCAAGCAGAGGCCCUACAGCGUGGCUAUGCCUGCCUUCUCCCAGGGUUUGGAUGAUUACGGGGCGCGGGCCGUGAGCAGUGCCGAUGUGGAAGUGGCCAGAUUUUGAGCGGCCCCUGACUAGAGUUAGAAUCCCUUCGCCAGCGUCCAGCUGAAGCCGACGGUGACCAAUGACAGGUCUGCCCCGCUCCUCAGCUGACGGCCACGUCUGCACCCACUGCCCGCGGGGCCCCUCCUCCCACACCCUGACCUGUAACCUGUUUUGUUACAAUCUGCUUGCUCCCCAUUUAGAGAACUCUCUCCUUCCAAGCCCUUCUGCCCCCACCUCAAUCUGGCCUGCGCCGGACCCCGGCUGUUCCUACAGGGUCAGGAGGAUUCAUGGCCACGGCCAAGGAGAGUGAGGGGGGCUGGCCCC